GCCGUUCUGCCUCCCUCUGGAAAAAGUUUUUGAUCGAACAAACCCCCUUUCCCCGCACCCCAUCGUGCUCAGAGCUGGAACUCCUCUGUUCCUCACACAAAGAGCUAGGAUGACUGUUCACGCUUUGCAAGAUGGAAUAACGCUCCCGAGGAGCGAUAAUGAUACGCACACCGGGCUUCCGACUGACACGAGUAUGCACCUCUCCACUCCUUACUCUAUAUUCCAUUCAUUCUGUCUUGCAUUUUUGACUGACUGACUGGCUGACUGUGAUUUUUUCUAGGGAGGGCCGAUCUGCCAACCCAGCUGGUCAUCUCCACGACGCUCGGAUUGGGUGCUUUCUUGACGUUUUGUUUCUUGAGGCCAAGGUGGUCCUCACUCUACGCGGCUCGGAAAAGGCAACUUGGCUCAGGUGAGCUGAAAGGGGGGAGUGUUUUUUCUUUCUGAUAUUGUCUCGAAGCUGACAUUAGGGGGUGUCAUCAGCUGCAUCAUUGCCGAAUCUACCAAAGACUUUCUUCGGUUGGAUACCGGUGCUGUGGGGGAUAACGGAUGAACAAGUGCUGUCGUCGGCUGGCCUCGACGCAUAUGUGGUAUGCACUUUGAUUGUCUGCGCUGCACUGCCACCAUGGAAUCUCACUGGCAUUUUUAGUUUUUAUCAUUUUUCAAGAUGGCUAUCAGAUUCCUAUCGAUCGCCGCUGUACUAGCGUUGACCGUGCUCAUGCCUAUACAUCUACACUUUGACCGUUCGGUUCCGAAACCUCAGGUUUCGUUUUCGGAAUGGGCACUCAGGCCUACUGGUCGAGGGAUGAAUGUCCUUGGUGGUAAAGAUAAGGAUGAGAUUAAGCUUGAUGGGCCAUAUCUCUGGGUUUACGUGGUAUUUGUUUACAUUUUCACUGCCCUGGCAGUCUAUCUGCUCCUCGACCAGUCCAAGAGGGUGCUCGCCGUCCGGCAAAAGUGUCUCGGGAAUAGAGUCACGAUCACCGAUCGUACCGUAAAGUUGUCUGGGAUUCCAAGAGUACUCAGGUCGGAAGAGGCCUUGAAGGAGUAUAUUGAAGGCUUGGGGAUCGGGAAGGUCGACUCGAUUACUAUCUGCCGGAAUUGGGCAGUGUUGGAUCGUCUUAUGGCGCAGAGGCAGGAUCUCGUGAGACGGCUGGAAGAGGUAUACGUCGUUUACACCAGACAUUGCAGAGCUAGGAGAAAUUUGGACACUCUGCCCUUUGCCCGGCCGUCGCCCCCACAACCGUUACCAUCGGAGGAUGAGGAAACACAGCCGCUGCUCAGUUGGGAUCCUCAUCCUUCUCGUGGGGAUGAUAGACCGAGGAUGAUGGUACGGGUCGGGCUGUGGGGUUUGAAAAGAAAGAAGGUCGAUGCAAUCGACUAUCUUGCGAUGAAGCUAAAGGCACUUGAUGAGAAGAUUGUUGGGGCCAGAAAGAAGGAAUAUGAACCCACUUCCAUAGCGUUUGUUACUAUGGAGUCUGUUGCAUCGGCUGUAGGUCCCUGACCGCCCUGUGAAUGGGACUCCCGCUCACUCUUAUGAAGCAAGUUGUGAUUCAAGCAGUUCUGGAUCCGCGCGCCAACCGAAUGACAGCUACUCAAGCACCCGCGCCGUCGAAUAUUGUCUGGGAGAAUACCUACAGGUCACGUGGUACUCGUCUGAUUUGUUCAUGGGGGAUCAGUAUCCUUGUCAGUCUACUUUCAAUCGUCUGGCUUAUACCUGUUACUGGUCUUGCUGGUCUUUUGAACCUUUCAGAUAUCCGUCGGGUUUCGCCAGGCCUUGCCGACCUCUUGGAGGGUAGCCCUAUUAUUAGCUCCUUGAUCCAGAACACCUUGCCAACCGCCGUUUUGACGCUUUUCAACAUCCUCGUGCCAUAUUUCUACGACUGUAAGAACCUGUAGCCUUGCUUUUAGAGUUUAUUCUAGGGGCGGUGCGUUGAUCGUAGGGGAUAUAGGGCUCUCAAACCGCCAAGGCCAAAUCUCCCAAGGAGAUGUGGAGCUCUCGCUGAUCAGCAAGAAUUUCUUCUUCACGUUCUUUAACGUAUUUUUCGCCUUCACAACCCUGUAAGUGUCCAUUUCACAAGCCUGAGGGUUGAAGUUCUCACAUGUGUUGCCAGCGGAACCGCCCUUACCUACAAGAAUCUGUGGGAGCAGCUGAAGGGUUCACUCUCCGAUACUACAAGGAUCGCAUAUGCGCUGGCGCGGUCCCUUGGAAAUCUUGCUUCUUUCUAUGUGAACCUUAUCAUCCUUCAAGGAAUCGGCAUGUUUCCAUUCCGCCUCCUCCAGUUUGGAAGUGUCGCUCUUUACCCUAUCAUGUACGCCGGGGCGAAAACGCCUAGAGACUUCGCUGAGCUCGUCAGGCCCUCGAUCUUUUCUUACGGAUUCUUCCUACCGCAGCCUAUCUUGAUUCUUAUCAUCUGUAUCGUCUACAGCGUUCUGCCUUCUGGGGCCCUAAUUCUUGGGUUCGGCUGGGUUUACUUUGUCAUUGGGUACUUUACAUACAAGUACCAACUCCUAUACUGUUUGCACCCCCCACCCUCACCCUUCCCACCCUAACGCAUCGUCAUCAUAUUAACCCUCACCAGCAAUGGACCACCCCCAACACUCCACGGGCCAAGCUUGGAGCAUGAUAUUCUACCGCGUAAUACUCGGCCUCGUCGUCUUUCAGCUCGCCAUGGCUGGAUUCCUCGCAAUCAACCACGCAUUCACAAGAUCCUUUCUCAUUGUCCCGCUGCUCCCCGUAAGUAUAUGGUUUGCAUGGAUGUUCUCGAAGGUAUACGUCCCCUUGAACAAAUUUAUCGCUCUUAAAGCCGUGAGGGAGCCAGAGUUUGCGAACGGGAGCACAGUCUCUGAAGACAUGAUGGAGGAGGAGAGAGAGAAGGGUGAGAAGUUUAUUAAUCCUAAUCUGGUUAUUCCGUGAGCAGCACCGACCCCGAUAUUUGGAGUAGUGUGUCUUUAGUGCUGAUAGUGAGCAGAUUAGAAGAUUCUUGGGUGAUUGGUAGUAGGUAUCAGCAGCGGCACCAGGAGUAGGAAUUGAGAAACGGAGAAGAGAAUUAUCAGCGUUUUUGGAAUAAUCGUAUGAUGACGAAACGAAUGGACUCUGGAGCGAAGCAAACAAACUAGAAUUGGGGGUAUACCAUUUAUUUUCAUAGCUAUCGUAAUAAUUGCAACAUGGUAAAUAGGUUAGCGCGGAGAAUAGCGCCUAGCCGUUUUAGUUAAUUUGAACUUUUUUCGUGAUUUAGCACUUGGAUGUAACAAUCAUGGAUAAUCACUGCAUGAUUAGCUGCACGUUGGGAGAGGUGCAAUACUCGUGGAAAAGGAAUGGGCAAGGGGAAAAAAAGAAAAAGUUUGCGAU